AUGGCGGAAAUUACGAAACGUUUCAUCAAAGUUCCUCCAGAAGAUGCUAAGAAAUUAUGGGAAGAUCAAUAUGCAGGGGCUGUCGAUAACUGCCAUCACACUUAUGUUCAUGGAAAAUGUAAAAGCGAGGCCAUGGGCGUAUACUGCGAAGUUGGACGACGAACGCGCACCUAUUUUGUUCUCUCGGGUUCAGUACUAUCCGUAUGGCCCGUUGUCGAAGAAGUGCUUUCGGAUCGUGAUCGACGUGCUUCUCGAAUGCAAGUGAUUCGAGUACGGACUGAUCAGGAUCAAAAGAUUGUCGGAGUGCUAGUUCUUCCGCACUUCGUUCGCACCCUAGUGGCUCGUCUCGAAGAACACUGUUCUCGUUGCUUUGUUGAGGCGAAAAAAGAAGAAAAUGGUCAAAAACCUAAGUAA